UUACGGUAUAUUUCGAGGCCAUUUAUUGUCAGAGUUUUCCGCCUUGCCAUAUCCUUUAUGGCUUGGAAUCAACGCCCAGGACAACAGCCAGGUUAUAAUCCAGCUUAUGUAAGUAUAAUUUUGCUAGGUAUGGGUGUGAUUUUAUUGUUAGUCACAAACAUAAGGGUCCAUUUUAAACCGAUUAAGCUUACUUUUAUGGUCAAUUUGGGAUAGGUCUGGGUUUCAGAUUUAACAUUUCUGGGAAAAUGCAAACGCUUAGUGACCCUUUAAUAGUGCUACAAGAAGUCAAACUGUUGAGUGGAAAUAGAAUUUUAUGCUUACCUCAGUAUUCAGUCUUAAUUCUGGCGUUUUGAAGUCUUUUAAGAAAUAUGCAAAAAUUAACUUACAUUAACAAUAUGACUUGAUGUAUAGUAGGAAAUCGUGUCAACUUAAUAUGGCUUUAUCAUUACCACAUCAUCACAGUAACAAGAACUUUAAAAUAGCCAUAAGGUAAAAUUGAAAGAAUAAACAUUUUUUUAAAAAAAGCAGAGAGAGAUGAAGGUCCUUUUUGUCCAGAUAGUGAUCAUAAAACAGCUUGACUAUCAUCAAGUUGCAUUUUCACCAGUCAGAAUUUUCCUGGGCAAAAUGAGUAAAAAAAGUUAGGCUUCUUUCAUAUGCCACUGGAUGAAUUUUCAACUGGCUGAAAAAUUUGACCAGACACACCUAAGUGCACAAAUUUUAGCACCGGUCUAAAAUUUGUCCGGUACUGUCUAAACAUAGCCUUAUUCCAGGACUCAAAAUUUAACCACACUUUACACUGGCUUUCUAGUGGGUGACCAGUGAAAGGCACGAUAAUAUGAGGGCAAAGACAUGCCUCUGUUACUGUGAAGUCUUUGGCUUACUAAUGUACCUGUGUUUCAUGUUUUGUUUAAAAUUUUUAUUUAUUUUUUAAUCACUUCCACUAUAUGGUGCGGAACACACAACAGAGUGGGACUCCAAUUUAAGUGUGUCCUUACAGAUAACCCACCCAUCCCAGGAGAGGUUGUUCACACUACCAGGGUCUUCGUCCCCUACUCUUUUCGAUCCGUAGUGUGGGUUCUUUUACGUCCCACAAGAACAGAUAAGUGAAAGUGCUGCGAGAUGUGACCUACAGUUUUUUGUCCCUAUCUGAGAAGACUAGAAAGUCUAACCAUUUGCAGAUGCCAUUGCAAAGGUAGCAUUUUCUCCUCAGUUAUUUAAAGACCCUGAAUGUUGGUCCAGCCAGGGUUUGAACCCACGACUACCAUUUCAGCAGAUGGGCACUCUCCUAACUCCCAACUGAGCUAACCAGGGGGCAAAAGUGCAUCACACCAGCAGAUGUGUUUGAUACUGUGGACCUGCAAUAGUUUAUUUCAUCCCAGAGGGAGGGGUGGGGGGGGAGGGGGCGGGUACUGAUUGAAUGGGGGCAAAAAUCUAGUCGCCCUGAGGCAAAAGUUAGGGGCCAGGGGCCACCUGGCAGUGGUAGAGCACAGCCUUGGGCUGAGGGCUUAUGACUGUCAUGAAUUUUAAUUUAAGGGCAAAAAGAAAAUAUGAACAUUAAGUUCAUUACCAUUAGUACACUUUAUUUGGCAGUAUUCUCACCAGUGUACAAAGAGGGAUUUAAUAUUUGUUUUCAGAUUCAACAGGAUGUUUCUUUUUAAAUAAAAGUGAAAUAACAACAACAUCCUUUAACACUCAGCCUUUAGUUUUUUUUUCUUUUAAAACCUCUGAUAAAUUAGUGUCUGUUUCUUGCUAAUGAAAUGAUUUUUUGUGGUAAUCAACAGGGUGGCCAGCAUGGUCCCUAUGGUCAGCCACAGGGAUACCAACAACAUAAUCCCUAUGGACCUCCUCCUCCAGCAUCUCAGUAUCCUCCGGGUUACCCUGGAGGGUGGGGUGCUCGUCCACCUCCCCCUCCUGGGAUAGAUCCAGUGCUUUGGGAAUGGUUCCAGGUAUAUUAACAUGUCAUUUUUUAGUGUACCGUAAGCCGCCUCUUAUAAGGCCCCUCCCCUUCCCCUCAGUGAUAGGUCCAUCUACCUGCAAACAAAAAAUAUGUCCCAUUAUAAGCACCCCCGCCUCCUCAGGACAGGUAUGAACUCUUAUCCAAACAUACUGAAAGAAAUUCAAUUUAUUCUGACAUUUUAAGCUUAAUUAUUAAAGAGCAGCAAGGGUAAAACAUAUUUUAGUCAGCACCGUGAGUGCUUGUUGCAAAGCACAUUUUCUAUUCUGGUUAUAAGCCCCUCCAUUUAUAAGCCAUCCCAAAACCCGUUAAAAAACCAAGUAAAGUAGUAUAAGCCCAGGACUUAAAAGUGGUGCUCUGUUGAUAAUAAAAGCUAUCUAUCUAUCUAUCUGUCUAUCUAUCUAUCUAUCUGUCUGUCUGUCUGUCUGUCUGUCCGUCCAUCCGUCCAUCCGUCCGUCUGGUCUGGUCUGUCUGUCUGUCUGUCUAUCUAUCUAUCUAGCUAUCUAUCUGGCAGUUCACAGUAUUUUGUUGAAUUCAUAAAUAGAAAAACCUUUUUUGAAUUUGUAACCAAGUGUUAUAGUUAUAUGACUGUGUUUUGUGUGAUCACUAAAGGCUUUCUUGUCUGCAGACAGUAGAUCAAGACAAAUCUGGCAAAAUAACUGCUACUGAAUUGCGACAAGCCCUCUUCAAUAACAACUGGUCUCAGUUUAACCCUGAAACUUGCCGUCUAAUGAUUGGCAUGUUCGACAAAGAUCAGUGAGUGUUAUAAUCUAUUAAUUUUUAUUUUUCAAGAAACACAUACAUUUAUGACCCCAUAUCGAGGAGUAGUAUCCUGUUCACCAAAACGUACUAGAUAAGAGAGUAACUUCUUACAAUACCCUUAUGCUCCCAUUCAUGAGACUUUUUAGACAAGUAUAGUACUACCUUAAUCUGUCUCCGAGAAACUAUAAUGAUUACAGUGAUUGAAAAGUUUGUUAAUUAUUCAAUCACAUUUAAGUGGUCUCUCAUUCUUUCUGUUCUGUUUGUGUUUUCUUAGGUCCGGAACAAUUGAUAUUUAUGAAUUCUCUGCAUUAUGGAAGUACAUUCAGCAAUGGAAACAGUGUUUUGACAGGUAGUAUUUAAACUCCACUGAAAAACAUGAGAAAUGCAAUAUAACAUCCUUUUUGAUUGACUCUAUUAUAGAAUUGUUAUUAGACUUAUUGUAAGCCAGAGUCAAGUCAAAAUUUGCAACUGCAGAAUUGCACUGUGUUUACAAAGCUUUUCUCUAAGAAAAAUUGUAUCAAAGUAUCAAAUAUAAUUUUGAUACAUAAAGGAUUGCCAGAGCACCUUAUGGAAACGAAAAGGUCUAUACCUUUUGUGAAUCUCUUAACCAGUUGGCUAAAUGCAUUGGUAAAACCAUAUUUCAUGUUUAACUUCUCAAUAUAUGCAGCAUCUCUCUUCCUUAGUUACCCUGUUAUUUUGUCAAAUGAAAAUGUUUGUAGUUUGUGGUGCUAAUAACAUGAUCCUUGUUAUUAUAGUUUUGAUCGUGACAGAUCUGGAACGAUAGAUGCUAAUGAACUGCAAACAGCAUUCACAAGCUUUGGAUAUAGACUGUAAGUUUGGUGGCAGUAAUGAGAGCACUUGCUUCCACUUUGUUGCAUGGGUUCCUAUCUUGGAGAAUUGUGUCAAUAUAAUUUAAUAUAAGUUGAGUUUUUUGCUUGUCCUCUUCCUUGCUGCUAUCAGUUUUUCUCUAGGUACUUACUAGCCUUGCUUCUCGCCCUCAAACCCUCAAAAGUAACCCAUGAUUUUUUUUACAACAGUGUGAAGAACUCCCUUGAGUAUUGGCCUGUUGUACAAGGUGCAUGGUUAAUUGAGGGUAAUAUCCCCAUUCUCAGAAUAAAGCAAGGAAAUCAAAUCCAGCAGUUUGAAGAUUUAACUUAUUGGUUUUUUUCUUCCUUCAGAUCACCAAAUUUCUCCAAUCUUUGUGUAAGGAAAUUUGAUCGCCUGAAUCUCCACACCAUGAAGUUUGAUGACUUUAUUCAGUGCUGUGUUAUGCUAAAAUCACUUACAGACGCAUUUAGAAAACAUGAUCAUCAACAGACUGGCACAGUUACUAUCAGUUAUGAACAGGUAACCAGGGAAAGAGAUUUGUUUGCGAUAAUCCCUAAAUUGUUUAAGUGUUGAAAUUAUUAUUCUAUUCUGAUUUCACAUGUUCUGCAUCAUACUGUUGGCUAUUUUAAGCCUAAUGAAAUGAUGAAAAUAGAUGUUUUUUGCUUGUUUUGAAAUAUUUUUGUGAUUUUUGCUAGUGUAUUUAUUGUUUUCCACUCAGUCACAACUUGACAAAAACAGUUACAGCUUUUAUGAUUAGAGUAAUAUUGACUUUGUGGUGUUAAGUCACCCAAACACAACCUUCAAGCCGAAUCACAUAGCAUGACCUUUGUAGUAUUUUAACAACAAUACAAUCAGAGUCUAUCAAGUUUUACAAGAAGAAACAAACAAGCAGAAAAAGGCUCAAGGGAUUAUAUGAGUUAUUGACAACUGUGUCCCUUAGUGGGGGUGGGUGCCCGGGAUGUCCAGGGUCUUCCACCACUUUUAGCAAAGCCAGCCCCUAGAAAUAGUUAGCCGCCACCCCUCCCUCCUACACCUUCCAGCCAUGAACUCUCAAGCCAAUGGAACCAGUCACCUGAUACACUAAUUUUGGAGUGGAAAAAAGGGGGGGAAGGGUGGGCCAAAUGAACUGCUCAACUGGUGGGCCACCAGUAAACACUGUACCAAGCACAUGAAGCUGACACAAACAAGACUAGCCAUGUUUGAGCAACCAAACUGAAUGCUAACAAACAAAAAGAGAUGACUCUACUUCUUGUUAAUUGCACUAAAAUUGAUAUCAUGUAACUUUAUAGAAACCCUAACAACAACAAAAAAGACCUCUUAAGUUUAAAAAAGGGAUAGUGAUCAGGAAUCUAAGCAAGAUUAACAGUGAAAGGACUAAAAAGGAAGCUGUAUAUAUAUUAAACUAUACCCUUACUCUUAAUUGGCAUUCACAAUGACUGUUAAGUUUUUCUGCUUCUUUGUUACUUUCAAUGGCAGGAAAAUGACACUUUUAAUACUUGGCUCAGCAUUUUGUGUACGAUACUCUUGUUAAAAAUAUAUGACUUCUUUCUUUUAAUUUUAUGUAUGGAAUAGGGAUUAAUAUAUAUUUUUUUCUCUUUUCAGUUCCUAGAAAUGGUUCUUGGCCAUACAUUAACUGGAUUAUAAGCUUGAAUAGUAUAAUUUUCCUUUGAGUUUCUCAGGGAAUACCAUCAUUAGCAUGAUAUCUUAAAUGACUCACAUAUGUAUACAUGUUACCCUGUACAUCUGUGAGAAAGUGUAAGUGUGAUGCGAUGCCAUUUUGCAUAGACAAUAAUAUUGCUUUUUAUUACUAUGGUAUUUCGAAAAACUUCUAUUUUUAUCUUUACACUUGUCACUUUCAUCUCUCAAAAUAAUGCCGAAUUACCAAGACUUGCCUCUCGAGUUUCAAAUAAGCCCUCCACCCUCUCUCCAAUAAAUGCCCACCGCUGAAAAAAUGCCUGACCCUUGUGGGGCUUAAAAGAUAUUACAGUUUAUUACUUCAUUCUUUUGCCAGUAUAGUACUGGCCCCGGUUGUUCAAACGUUGGAUAGCGCUAUCCACUGGAUAAAUCACCAUCCAACGGAUAAGUAUUAGGGAAACCAAUUGCGCUAUCCAGUGGAUAGUGAUUUAUCCGGUGGAUAGCGCUAUCCAACAUUUGAACAACCGCGGCCUGGUGUUUUGCCGUUGCUGGACUGUAAGCGUCGAAGUAGCAGUACUAUUCAGGACAAAAAGUAAAGAAUCUUUUAAACCAAAGUAAAACCCAAUAGCAGCUGGUAAUGGGACAUUCCAUUUUUUAUCUGCCAAACACAAGUUUUUCUGGCACCAAUCAGAAGCCAGAACGGCGGCGACCGUUUGGAACUGGUCUGCUAAGACAUUGUCCCCAGGGGCUCUUCUCGCCGUUCUUUACUUUUCCUCAUUCCAUAUAUAUUUUUCCACCCGUUUAGACUUUCCCUCGCCCCCUGUAUCUGCCCCUGGGUCUCCGAGGAUAGGUCUCUCCUAAUUGGUCACAAGAAACAAUGGCAUUUCAUUCUUCCAGUUGUGUUAGUAUUUUGGGGUCAGGGAAACACACCAUGGUGACUUCUCUUCCAAGCAGCUGCUACAUGACCCAGUUGGGAGAUCUGGAACCUGUAGGAAUUACAAUCUAAGUGAUAAGGGCCUGUCGAAAUCCUGCCCUCCAUACUCUGUGUAAUGAUAAGGGACCUGUAGGAAUCGCAGUUUAAGAGAUAAGGGCCUGUCAGAAUCAUGCCUUCCAUAAGGGAGGGUGUGGAUGAAAAAUAGAAUGUCCCAAUACGCAUCUUUUUCGAAUACAUAGAACUUUAUUUACUUAAGGUAUUCAGUAACUAGUUUUGUGGUAGGUUGUGUAUUGUAAAUUCUAAGGUAUGGCUGUUGUUUGCUUACAUAUUAUUUUAGCUCAGCUUUUCAAUUCCUCAACAAACAACUGCAAGUGACAGUUGUUAAUGCCACUAAAGGCAGCAUGAAAAUAAAAAACACCAAGAUAACUCAUAUAAAAGAGUAUGUCAUUUCAACUGUUGAUCAAUAUUUUGUUUGUAAACAAAUGUAAAUUAUUAGUUUUUGCAUUUACAUGUAUAUUUUCCCAGAUAUCUUGCUAGUUAUUAUUCUGAUGCCAGUUUUUCGUCAGUGUGGGGAAGUGGCUUUAUCAAAGACUGGACAUCACUGGUUUUAUUAACACUGGUGGUUAAGCUAGUUGACCUAAAAAUUGACCUUAAAAUUGUUCCUUUUUAAGACCCACGGCCCAAAGGGUUUAUAGUUUUCUUUACUUCCCUUGGUAUUUUUGUUGCCUUAGUUAAAUUUUUCCAUGCUAUUUCUCUCCAGUGCAUUGAUCUACAACUUAUAUGAGUGGUUAUUUGUUACAAAAUACUGUGGGUAACCUUGUGGUACUGGACCAACAUCCCAGAUGAUCUGGGACGAAUGGAAAUAAAUAUUAAUACUCCCAAGUCGUCUUGUGCUAGAAAACUAUGGUUAACUCUUCCCUUGUGGGCUGCCAGUAGGUUUACUUUUUCUACAAAGUCAAUGCGUGACUUGUACAGACCAUGGCAGAUGCUUAACCAGGACAUCAUGACCAAUCAGAAUGUGUGAAAUGUUGCCAGAUACUGGGAGGGGAAAGGGGCUCAAGACUGGGAAUAAAACAAAUGAAUGUACAAAAAGCAGGCCCAAAUGAGUGCUUUUUUCACAGCCUUUCGUAUAACCAUCUGUGCCCUGUGAAUAGUACUGCAUGAAUUGACUGGUGUGUGCAUUAAUCAAUACCAUCUAAAAAGUUUGUUUAAACUGAUGGGUCCCCUAACCGGUUCCAAACUCUACAUAAUUUACUCCAAUUCUCGCCCCCAUUCUUACCCUGACAUUUUGUGGACACCCCCGUCCCCGCCCCAGAGGUUCGCAAAGUUCUGCGAUACCCGUAUUUCUAGUGGGGAAAAUUUGGUUUACACUUUCUUCUCUGCUUGGGAAAUGAAAAUAGCACGUAAUAGCAACUCCUUUCUCAAAGAUCAGAGAGUCUCAAAAGAAAGAUUCUGAUUGAGGGAAAGCUCGCUUGUCCUCGUGCCAGGCUUCUUUUGCUUUCGCGGCAAUCAUGGCGGAUGGAAGGAGCGAGAAGGAGGCAGUCAGUUGCUGUUCUCGUGUUUGAGCUCAGCGCGAGGUUUGGCUACUUUCUGAUGAGAUAAAACAAAUCAUAGCGCAUUGCUGACUGCAUAUUAGAGGUAAAAUGAAUGCAUUUUCUCUGCAUUGAAGUAUGUAACUAAACUUAAUAACGUAUUGCAUUUGGGAAGCCUCACCCUUUGAGGUCAAAGAAGAGGAAUUCAUUUCUUUCAUUGGCAUGAAACAAGUGACCGGGUAAUCAACGAUGUAGCCUUCUCUUCAACAGAUCUCCCACGAACUAACCCAGCAAAGAUUUAAAAGCAAACGUUUGCUAUGCAGUAGGCCUCAAGAACACGAGUGUGGAUCGACCAUGCCAUCACCCAGGGUUAAUAAUGGUGGGUUUAUUGCAAAUGGGCAGGCGGUCUUUUUCGCCUGAAAACAAAUAUUUUGGAGUAUAGGGUGUUUGAGGUAACUUUCGAGAAUCGGGUAUAUUGGAUGAAUUUCUUUGGAUAUCUAUGUAAUAGUAUAUUACCAACCCCUUUUGUUGUAUGUGGGGACCUUUGUGUUCAAUAUCCCCUUUACAGGCAGGGGAGGGGCUCGUGGAUGACCUACCCCCCACUAUAGAUACUGGAGGGGGCCCGGUCAUCCACAAGUCCCUCCCCUGGAUCCACCACUAUUACACAAGAUCCAACAUCUUGUUUAACUUACCCCAUCUGAACCUAUCUGAUAAUCUUGAUAUACUCCUGGGCCUGGUUCCUCAAAAGAUAGUUAAGUGUAACCCAGGAUUAAGCUAAAUUUCAAGCACGUUUUUGUCGUCAAAGAACAUGCAACUCGAGGUUACAAAAUACCGUUGAGCCUUUACUACGAGACAGAGUAAUAAUAACACAAAAUGCUACCCUAAGCAAUGCAGAGGAAUUUAAAAUACAAAAACAAAACAAAAUUUUAAUACUGGAUUAACGCUAAUCGGUCUUUCAGGAACUGGGCCCAGGUGUGGGAGUAGUUGAGACAGAACAAACUUUACAACAAAUUUUACAAUCUAACCCAUUCUCCCCUGCUGAACUGCUCAUAACCAUGGUGUUGCUUGCGAUGGGUGACCCUAUUUGGUGGAAUGACUCUCACUCUCUCCGUGACUCUCUCCAUGGUUCCUUCUCUCACACUCAGAGAAGGAACCAUGGAGAAAGACAAUGGUAUAUAAGUGUGUCAAUUGCCUUAAAACUUUGAAAAGGCAGUGACUUCACAAAUCAACCCACAAAAGAAACGAUAACAUGUCAUGCAUUAUGUCUUUAAGGCAACUGAAACACUUUCACCAUCAUCUUUGGGCCAGAUUGUGACCCAAAAACGUCUCGACUAGCUUCAAACUGCUCUUUUUGACAACAUUUCCAGGAAUGAAUGGAUAAAACUGAUGCUCUCAAAAUAUCAAAGUUGUACUUGAAGUUUUGUAGUUUUUAUAUAAAGUAUAUGUUUAUUUUUAAAUGUUCAUUUACAGUUAGUCAAAUGUAUAUGUAUUAUUAUUUUGUUCUGCAUGUUCAGUUCAGACACUACCACCUCAGAGUGAAUACCAUGCACUGAACCAAUGAUAGAAACUACUAACUUGUGGCUGACGUAUAAGUUAGCAGAAAAAGGAUGAACCCACAGGCGUCCCAAGCUCACGUUACGAGUGUGUUAUGUAAAUUAACUUUGUCACAAGAGAGUCGGUGUCGUGUUACAAGCGACCAUUGAGACUUUGUAUGAGAAAUAAAAUACUGAGGUCUGCGAACGCUAAAUAUCAUUAUUAUUAUACAUAUUAUGAAUUAUGAAGAGAGUGACAGGGGUCAAACAAUAACAGCCAAAAAACCCAACUCGAUGAAUAAUCGAUGAAUUCACACCAAACAACAGGAAAGCAUCAAAGGUAACUCUCCUUUAUUUAUUUUAUAGAAAAAUAAGUAAGAAUAAUGAUAUUUAGCAUCCGUAGACCUCAGUAUAUUAUUUCUCGUACAAAGUCUCAAUGGUCGCUUGUAACGUGACACCGACUCUCUUGUGAGAAAGUUAAUUUACAUAACAGACUCGUAACGUGAGCUUGGGAUGCCUGUGAUGAACCCAGCAGCAAAUUUGAUUUAUAAUAUGGACAAAAAUAUGGUUGCUUCAAAACGUGGGCAUCGUUUAGAAAUUAAAUUGGCACGAUGUUUUGACCCUCCUCCUGCAUCUUCCACUGAGAUUUUCCCCUUUACCAGUACUGAGGACUACAAUUCCUUUAGCACCCAGACUUACCGACUAUCAACAAAAAGUAUUAUGAUUACCGUAUUUACCCAAAUAAGAGCCGUGGCGCUUAUCAAAUUUUUUUGCAACUGACAUGCGGCACUUUUUCGAGGGCGGCGCUUAUUUGAAAGUUGGACACAACAAAUAAUUUUUUUUAAGUUGCCGGCAUUAUUGAUUUCAGUAACUAGCAGAAAAUUCUUUUGAUUUUGGUUGCAUGGGGGCCACAGAGCUUAUUCAAGGGCGGCACUGAUGUUUUUGUUUGUCCCAAGUCUGAUGCUUAUAUAAUCGAGGUGGCGCUUAUUCAAGUAAAUGGGACAGAUACCGGUAGUUUGCUUUCUUCUUACGACUUGUUUCAGUUGUUGGAAUGAAAACACGGUUAUCAACUAUUCUUAACAACAACUCAUUUUCAGCUAGUUAUGGCAUUAAACAUUUCCAGGGUCUGUUUACAUGGAGGUGGGUGGACCCCAGGGGGGUGAGGUAACUCGCCUACAUGCGGGGAGGGUGGGGUGGUUAACCCUCCUGUUCGUAUAAUCUCUCUUUUUAAUUUGAUGGGUGGGGUGACCCGCCGCACAUUACCUCCACUGUCUGGGGUCCCCCACCUCCAUGUAACCAAGUUCUAAGAUGAUUUCCUUCUUUAACUCAUAGAAGAUGAGUUUUGACACUGGCGGUCUCUUUCAAGAAUGGUUCAACUCGAUCAGUAAUGAACUGAACCAGACUGGCCAUCUAAAAGAGCUCUCAUCCCUAUUUGGAAGGCUCAGGACAGACGAAGAAAGAGUUUCUUUUGUACUAAAUUUAGACUGCAUUCACGAUGUUAUGGCUGUGAAGCCUUGCUUCAGACCAAAGUCAGCAUCAGAGUCUAACAGGCUGCGCAAUGAAGGAAACAGAUUUUACCAGAAAAAGAGAUACCAGGAAGCAUUAAAGGCAUAUUCCCGCAGCAUUGUUAAUGCCCCGUUAAAAAGUGAGGGCAAAGAGCUUUCUCUCGCUUUCGCUAAUAUCUCUGCUGUUUUGUUCCAUUUGAAAGAGUACACUCCUUGCUUGCAGUGUGUACAACAGGCGUUAAGUCAUGAUUAUCCCAAAGAGCUAAGAUACAAGAUAUUUGAUCGUCAAGGAAAAUGCUAUUUGGAACUUGGCCAAAAUUGUAAGGCGCUAGAGUGUUUGGAGAAAGCUAAACAGGCAUUACAGGAAUCGAAGCUUGAUCAAAAGAAAAAGGAAACUUGUGCAAAAGACAUUGAAGUAGGAAUCGGCAAAAGUCAGGGGACUGUUACAAAACGGGAGACGACGGGUGGCGAAAGUUCAAACAAUGGACAUUUCCUGAAAAGUGAAAUUGGAUUACCAAAACUUACUCGUGGGCCGAAUAGCAAGUUUGUGUCAGCCUCUUGUAUUGUUGACAUUGCAAUGUCCGAUGACUCUGGUCGUCACCCAGUAGCCACGCAAGACAUCAGUGUUGGGGACAUUUUAGUCAUUGAAAAGCCAUUUGCUUCUGUUUUAUUGCCCAAACACUUAGAAACUCACUGCUAUCAUUGCCUGAGACGCGUAACGAUCCCAUUUCCUUGUCGCCAGUGUAGCUCUGUCAGGUACUGCAGUGAGGCUUGCGCAGAUCUCAGCUGGGAUUUAUGUCAUUCAGUUGAAUGUCAGUAUCUGGAUCUUAUCCAUCGGGCUGGCAUCGGUGGAAAUGGUCACCUUGCUCUGAGAAUCGUAGCAAAAGCAGGUUACAAGUUUCUCAAGAAGUUUAGACGAGAAAUUCAGCAAGGCUUUUGCAACAGUGCUGGAAAGGAAGCGGGUUGUAGACAAGAUGGAACUUACAAUUCAUCCGACUACCUCCCAAUAUAUUGCCUUGUGACUCAUUCUAAAGACAGGAGCAUCAGCGACCUUUUUCGCCGCUCCUUGGUCGCAGUAUUCUUACUCAAAACACUUCAGGGAGGAAGCUUUUUUGGCCAGGAGCCCUACACGGAUAAAGAUCUGGCCUUUAUUGGUGGACUAAUUUUGCGGCAUCUUCAGUCAAACCCUUGUAAUGCUCAUGAAGUCUCCGAACUGCAACUGAAACUCAACUCCGUUGCAACGUCGGAGACGGAGGAAAUUGCUUCUGGGAUAUACGCCACAAUGAGCCUUUUCAAUCAUUCUUGUGACCCGUCAGUUACAAGGAAUUUCUAUGGUGAUAUCUGCGUUGUGCGCGCUAUAAAGAAUGUUACGAAGGGUGAAGAGAUCUCCGACAACUACGGUACUCUUUGCGCACUUAGCCUCAAACCUGAGAGGCACGAAAAACUGAGAAAUCAGUACUAUUUCACAUGCCGUUGUAACGCUUGUGAAGUAGAAUUUCCUUUGUAUUCAGAGAUUCCAAGUGAUACAUUUCCAGUUUUCAAGUGUAAGGACUGCCGAACACCUCUUCAUCAUGUGACAGGUCACGUGUCUGAUCACGUGCCAGAAAAUUUAAUGGGUCAAAUGACAAACCACAUUGGAGACAGACCUGCAGAGUUGGCUAUCUGCGCCAAGUGCCAGCACACUUACAGUUUGCCAGAGAUGAAAGCUGAAUUAAAAGCUUCAGAGGAACUGUAUGAACAGGCCAUGGAUACACUUCUCUAUGAUGCAGAUGUAAAAGGAAGCUUGACUUUGCUGGAGUCGCAUCUUAGGCUUCUUGAAAGAUUAGUUUGUCGCCCGUGGAAGGAGUUUAACAACUGUCAAGAAGCUAUUAAGCAGUGUUACAACGUAAUGGGCAACUGUCAUGUGACGAGCUGA